UUAAAUUGAUGCCCAAAGAUAAUGUAAUCCAACUUCUUCUAUUUAAGGCACGGGUUGCAUACACUUUCCUCACGUAGAUUAACCUUUGUUUCUUUCUUCUCUUUUUCCUUUGGAGAAAUGGUGCUCUUUGGUAAACUUAUUACUGAGCUUGGGAUCAAAGCACCCGCUGAUAAAUUCUACAAUUACUUUUUAACACAACUUCAUGAAAUGCAAAACCAUUGUGAAAGAGUUCAUCAUACCAAGCUGCAUGAAGGUGAUGACUGGCAUGACACUGAUACAGUUAAACACUGGACUUAUGUCAUAGAUGGUGAAGUGCACACAUGUUAUGAGAGUAUUGAAGAAGUUGAUAAACAGAACAAAAAGAACACAUGGAAGCUGUUUGGUGGAGAUAUUGAUAAGCACUAUAAGACCUUUAAGCUCAUCCUUCAAGUAAUUGAUAAGGCAGAUGGCCCUGCUGUUGUUAAAUGGACUGUGGAGUAUGAGAAAAUCAGUGAGGAUAUUGAGCCUCCAAAUGGAUGGAUGGACUACCUUAGCAAAUGCACUAGAGAUGUUGAUGCUCAUCUUUCCAAGGCAAGGGCCGUUCGAAAAGAUUAAAGAAAGUAACAUAUGAGUAUUAAUGGCUUAAUGCAACAAUAUGAGGUUGGCUUAAUUAAGUGUUCACCUUUAUACUUAAGUAAGUGUGAUGUUUCGUUUGUAUGCGACUUUUAAAAAAUAUCAUUAUAAUUGUGUGAAGCAAAUUAAUAAAAAUAUGUUUAUGCUUUUUUAGUUUUUA